AAAGCAUACAUCCUUGAGGUAGGUGUUCGUAGAAGUAAAUACUUCGUAUGUGUGAAAGGCUCUACGAAAUAUUUCGAUUAUACUGAAGAAAUCUUUUAAAUUUAUCAAUGCCAAUUCACAAAUUAAUAGAUAAAUAUUUUCUUUACGAAGAUGAGUGGAUGUUACAUCCUGACUUCAGGAGUAAUCAGAAGAGAUCCUGAAUCUGCACUGCUACGAAAAGAUCUUGCGCUAUCGAGUCUGCAACUGCAAUACCUAGUAAGAAAAGCGGAGAACAUGGCUACGUAGCCCGCAACCGAUCUUACUACUUUUAGGCAUUAGUCAAAAUAUUUUUCUUUUCACUCUCUAUAAAAUGGUGAAGGAAAAACCAAAUUCCACCAGAACAUAUGACGAAGAUGGAUUUAGGCGCAGAGCUGCUUGUCUUUGUGUAAAAGAUGAACAAGAGACUGAGGUAUUGCUAGUGACAAGCAGCAGAGCGCCUGAAAGAUGGAUUGUUCCUGGUGGAGGAUUAGAGCCAAAUGAAGAGCCUAGUGUUGCUGCCAUUCGGGAAGUAGUUGAAGAGGCUGGUGUGAGGGGGCACUUAGGCCGAUGCCUUGGCACUUUUGAAAAUCCUGAGCGAAAACAUCGAACAUCAGUGUUCGUGUUGGUCGUCACUGAAGAGCUUGAUGAAUGGGAAGAUUCCAAAAGUCGUAAGCGAAAGUGGUUUCCUAUUGAUGAAGCUCUUGAUCUUUUGUCCAUACAUAAGCCUGUACAGUGCUCCUAUCUAAAGCUGCUCACAAGGAAUGACAAGUAUCCAGCAGAUGAUGCUUGUGAGGCCAAAAAAUGCUUGGUAUGCACCAUUUCAGGCAGAUGAUAUAAUUUAGCAUUUUGGAACUCAAAGAUGGUUAAGUACUAAACAUGUCUGAAUCACUGAUGUUAAUAAAGUCAGAUGAAUCUUGCAUUAACAUCUGAUGUCUUUCUACAGAAUAAUACCUGUAUAGGUUAAUUUUAAUUUAUUUUAUGAGUAUUAUGCUACAUAUAAUUAGGUGUCUUAUUGGAUGGGUGCAUCGUGCAAGUACUUGCAUGGCUGAAAAUUAAUCUUUUUCAUUUAACACAGCUAUGUAUUCAGUUAUAAAGCUUGGAUAUACAUACUGUAAAAUAAUAUAUUUGCAAUAAAAUGCAGGUCCAUACCACCAGAACAUGAUAAAGCGUGAAAAAAGUACAUCCUAUACAAAAUUACAUAUACAGAUUUGGAUUUUCGGUUAGCAUGUUUCAUUUCAUUGUCCAUUACAUUGCAAUUCUGAAAUGCAACGAUUCAAAUCUUAAUUGAAAUACGAAACAUCAUAAAACUACUACUAUGGUAUUUUUCCAAAAAGUUAUUUUUAAAAUUUAGACGUACAGCUUUUAAUGUACAUAAAUCACAUUUCAUUUAUUUUUAAAAUAUUAAUUUAUUGGAAAUUAGAUUUUAAAAUAUAUGUAUAAAUCUUGAAUUGCUAAUGUGUAUGCUGCAAAAAAAUUUCUUGCACUGAUUUAAGCAAUAAAAUGUAAAAAAAAAAAAAAAUAAUAAUAAUAUAGUCAAAAGAUCUUUUUUACACUAAUGUUAAUAUAAAAUAAAUAUUCACAUUAUGUAUAUAUGUGCAAAGCAAUUAUUUGUAAAAUAAUAUCACCUUGUCUCCAAAUUUUUAGCCAUUCUAAAUCAUUGCAGAAGUUAAUGAAAUAGAAAGUCCAGAGCUUUCAGAAUUGAAAUAUGAAGCCAUUAUGAGUUUAUGAAAAACAAUAAACCACAAGUGAGCAUACACACAAAUGUUUCUUAGCAACUCAUGUGUCCUGUUUUUGAUCAAAAUUUUCAUAAUUGUUAUGGAUAUAAAUAUAGGACAUAAAAAUUUAAUAGUUUUGAGCUGUUAAGACAUAUCAUUAAAUGUAGCAUGCAUACCAUGGAAGGAUAUAUAUCACGUAAGUAAAGAAAUAUGCAUUUCCAAAAAUUUCAGAAAUCAAGUCCCCCCCCCCAAAUAACGAGGAAAAAUUAGCUUAUAUAAAAACCAGUAUUUCAUAUUUGCUUUAUCAGUUAACUUUUUUAAGCAAUGUUGCAAGUUCAUAUUAGUGUCUAUUUAAUUUAAAAAAAAAAAUAAAAAAAUAAGCAAAUAAGAACUAGAGAAAAGCAAAAUACAAAAUUUUUUAAACCACCUGUUUGUAUUCAAUAAAGUACUUUUAUCAUGUGCAAGUAAGAUGUACGUGCACUUUAAUUUUAUAUUUGAUAAAACCUGUGCUAAAAUGGAGGGAAGAAAGAAUUAAGGUUAAGAUCCUAAAUAUAAAUUUAUAUUCUAAUCAUACUAGUAAAAAAAAAAAAAAAAAAAAAAAAAAAAAAAAAAAAAACCUCUCCCCCUUUUUUGUGCUAAAUUUUAUGCAUCUAUUUCCAAAGAUUACAGAUUUUUUUUAAUCAGAUACUUUUGGCAGUGAUAGGCAUCUUGGGUACUAUAAGAGUUAACACCAAUCACUUUCAUAAUUUAAUUCAUUUUUUAUGCACUGAAAGGAUAUCUUUCUGAAUCUCAAUAUCAUAGUUUUCAUUUUGCAUCACUAAAUUCAUUGCUACUAAGUCCCAAUUUCAGUAUGUUGAAUGUAUAUGUGUCCAGUUUUCCAUAAUAAAAAUAGUACUCUAAUAA